CUUCACUCCCUGAUUCUCUCCUGAUCUGUAUUUGCGACCCAUACGACGGUUCUAGGCGCAUUGUUAAUCAUCUCAGUCAGCCUCGCCGAACUCGACAAGCCACACCUCACUGCUGAGUAGUUCCCCACUGGCACUCCAACCUGCGAGCGUUACGCAACCACUCAUCUGCCUUAAGAGUCGCUGAGAGAAAUCCAUUCAACAGCAGUCGGCGGUCAGGAACUGAGUUUCGCACGCGCGCAUUUUUCGAGCAUCUGAUCUUGCCUCACGAGGCAGCUGUUACUCCAGCAGCUCAACAUUUCCACGUCUUAGCCGCCCCGCUACGCCUUCAUACUCGAUGGCAAACAACAACGGCAUCCGGCGGAAGGACACCACCAAGGGGCCGCCCUUGCGCAUUCUCUCACUAGAUGGCGGGGGAGUCCGCGGCUACUCGAUGCUCAUCAUACUCCAAGAGCUCAUGCACAGAACGUUUGUCGAAGUGGAAGGCAGGGCGCCGAAACGACACGAAAUACCGAAGCCAUGCGACCACUUCGAUCUCAUUGCCGGUACGGGCACCGGAGGACUUAUCGCCAUCAUGCUAGGACGGCUGCGGCUAGAUGUCGAUACUUGCAAGGAGGUCUACGUGCGGAUGACGAAGAGGGUGUUUGAGACCGACAAGACCUUCGCCGGCAUACCUUAUCGAUCAACACUGUUCAAAGCCUCAAAGCUCGAGGAAGCAAUUAUGGAGUGUGUCCGGGAACACACCAUCUACGAAGAUGAAGGAAACGACGCCCAUGACGCAGCCUCGUCCUCCCCCGACGUCCGGUCGCCAAUAACGCCCGGAAGCACGGUAGGCAGUGUCCAAAGAAGCCCCAGUACUGCAAGCAGAUAUAGUCAGAUCGGCACGACUCCCGUAAACCUACGGAUAGCGGCCCUAAAAUGGGGCAACCCGAAUGCACAGCUUUACGAUACAAGGGAAAAUCGUACGAAGACAGCUGUCACUGCUGUUUAUAAGGGCACAAAGAAAGCCGGCACUGGCCAAAUUCUCCUUCGCUCAUAUGACUCCCGCAAGGAGACUGCCGUCGAACCCAACUCGACAAUCUGGCAGGCCGGCCGUGCAACAUGCGCGACUGCCCUCGCCUUCAAGCCCAUUCAAAUUGGUCAGUCCGUCUUUCUUGACGAAGGCGCGGGGAAAUACAACCCCGCCCCUCAAAUUCUUGACGAAGCCGUCUGCAAUGAGUGGCCUGGUCGAGAAGUUGGCGUCUUCAUUAGCAUUGGGACUGGAAAACGGCCCGAAGGUACAAACCAGCAACAGCAUCUGUGGUGGGAGUCGUAUGUGUCAAGUGGAAUGGGUGAUUUCGCGGAGGCAAGGCGCAAACUGGUUGGUAAGAUCGAGGACUGCGAAAAGAUCCACCAGUCUAUGAAGAACCACUUGGCAAAGCGGCAGGUCAACCCCGAGAAUUAUUACCGUCUGAACGUCAAUGUCGGCGUUGGAGAGUUCGGCAUGAACGAAUGGAAUCGCCUUGCGGAAAUCAGCACGAAUACGCGAAUGUACCUUGCAGAAAGCGAGGUUCAAUCGAACAACUUAGACGCAGCGGCCAAGCUUGCGAGGAUUUACCGCGCGAAACAGAGAUGGGAGCGUGCGGAGAAAAGUGGAGCUCAGUACGGUACUUCGGCGCCUUCGUCAAACGCUUGGGAACCUCUUCCUACCGUCCCAGAUGCUUCUCCCACCGCCAUUGAACUUCCGGCAGAAGAGGUGAUCCCUCAUUACUACCAACAAAAUCACUCUAAUCUCCUGGCUCCGUCCUCCUUCCAUCACCGUCCUUUAGACAACGAUAAGUACAUCAUGUCGGCAGACGAUUACCCCCAGCCUGUCUCUUCCGAGAUCCCUCCCCGCCACUCUGGAGAACUUGUCUCUCCUUACCGCCGGUCAGGCGAACAAUUUACCCAUGAGCGGGCUAGCUCGCAUAGUUCUCCGCGGUUAAGCUUUGACGAGCCGCCGCCUCGACCACCGAAAACGCCUCUUCAGGGUGAGACGAAGCCGAUGAGACUGAAUAGUCCACCCACCAUACCACCUGCGGGCUCAACACUAUCGAGGCCAUUACAGGGUGUCCUGCCCUACCCAGAUACUGAUGGGCCACCUCCUGUAGUGAAUAAGGCGAGGAAACCCGAGUUGAGGAAGUAAUGCGUUCAGUGCUCGAAUGUAACAGCUAUGAUUAGCGCACACGAAUCUCUUUCCUGUUUAGUUAAGUUUUUUGCGGUUCAUGAGGUCUGGUAUGGUCUUUCUCAUGGUGAGUUUUGGGUCUCGGGUUGGUCGGAUGUCGAUAAUACACCUGGAUGAUGGAGUAGAUCGACAUAAACACGUAGUAUUUAAGAUACCCAUUCGUCAUUUAUUGCAGC